AUGGACAGUCAAGUAGUAAUAACACCCAUCUCUUCAAGCUGUGAUUGUCAUGACACACUUGUGGACAACAUGGUUAACAACGACACGAUUCUCAUCUCUGACAUUUCUAUGAAUGAUGACAUGAUGAUUCAAACAUUUCUUUCAAACUCGAGCUCGGACGAGAAAAACAACCUCUCCUCCACAACGACAUUCCGACCCAAACACAUUUCAUUAACCAGCAAUCCCUCUUCUACUUGUCAUUUCACCUCUCCUUCCAAAGCAUCUUUAUCAUCAUCACUCAUUCGUCAUUCCUCUCUUCAAGAUUGUAAUAACAACAACAACAAGAAACAUCGUUCGACCACUUCAACGACUUUGGAUGAUUCGAGUUCAGAAAGUGCAAAUUCCAUUCAAUCCAAACAUUCAAGUCAAUUAGGAGAGAAUGUUAAAGUAGAAAUGGAAAUUCUCGAUUCCAUGAUUGUUCAUCCGAGUGGACAUUCAGUGUUACAACUCUCUGCCAAGCAUCGUGUCUUGUUAGUUUUUAUCAAAUGGUUUGGAUGUCCCAUGUGUCAAAAUGUCAUUGAUGAAUUACAAAAAUACUUGUCAAGUUUUUUACUGUUAAACAUCAUUCCAGUCGUGUGUCAUCAAGAACAUGUCGAUAAAUUUUCCAAAUACAUUUCACAUACUCAAAUCAUGCAUUGUUCCAUUACCAAUGACAUUAAGAAGGCAUUUCUAGUUCAACGUGCUUCAUUAUUGCGUCAUGCCAUGAUGAUGCCAACCUUAUUUUCAUACAUGAUCAAACAUCGAAAGAAAUUCUUUCUACCUUCUCGAAAGGAAAUGAAACAUAUGGACAUGUUAUCUUCAUUUGGAAUGUAUAUGGUAUUUAAGGGGGAAGUGUGUCAUAGUUUCAGUUCUGAAAAGUUGAAUGAGAGACCAGAUUAUGGAAGUUAUAUUUUCCAACUCGAAGAAGAGGAACUCUUGUUUAAAGAAUAUUCACAAACGCCUGAAGAAUUUAUUCCAGAUUUGGUGAAAUUAUUUCCAACCAUGAAAGAAAUAUUGAGACAAGUACGAAUGGAAAAACGAAAAAGUGUUACACAUGCGAUGAUUCAGAAUGUGAUGAAUCCAACAACGUUUCAUAAUCCUACAAGUGACGAGAAUGAUUCACUGACAGUAACAACAGUGCUCGAAAAUGCAUCCAUGAGAAGAUUCUUUAAGGCAUUCCUUGCCAACUCGUUUUGUUUGGAAUCUGUCAUUUUCUAUGAACAAGUCAUGCAGUACAAGAUGUUGUGUCAACAAGAGCAACAUGUUGCGAACAUGCAAUGUAAAUUAACCAAUUCAUCAUAUUAUUCAAGUCCAGGAACCAUGUCGGUUCUGUCAGAUGUUGAAAAUUUUCUGGAACUGCAACAGGGCAUUGAACAAAAAGCCAAAUACAUUAUUGAGACAUUUCUGGAAGAUCAUUCCAUGUUUCUCAUCAACACAAGUAAGAAAAUCAUUUCGAAAAUGAAAACUAGUAUGGAAGAAUGUGGAUAUACUGAAACAUUGUUUGAUGAAAUUGUCAAAGAUCUUAUUCAACAGGUUCUCGUGUAUAAUUUUGAAGAAUUUACUGCGAGCAAAAUUUUUGAAGAUAUGAAAUCAAGAUUAAUAAAUAAUAAGGUUCAUUAG